AACAGAAAUUCAUUUCAUUUCGGAAAUUCGACGGGUUCGGUUGUAGAUCGCGCUUGCCAGACCGAAAAUUAAACUCGAACUGAAACCGAAGGCAGAGUUAUUACAAGCGGCCGAGUUUUCCUUUAGCGCGCCAAAAGGAAAAGCGAGUGAAGAAAAGAUCCCGUGUUUACGUACUGAAACAAUUUUACAAUUGUCGCCGAGCGGUGAAACUGCAAGUGAAGAAAAUAAAAGGAAAAUAACUGAAAAACAAGAGCAUAAACAAGACAAAUAAAAUAAUUAGUGGAAAAGCAAGUGAAAAGAAAACCAACUGAAGAAAUUAUGAGUGUGGAGAGCAGCGACUACUGACAAAAGCAAUCCGUUUACCGUUGUCUUCUGUCUUCUCCCCGCCUCUUCCUCCCCGAAAACGGAGGAGACCGCGAAAAAUACCAUGAAAUGUAAAAGCUGGUCCAACAAAAUCAACAACUACGUUGUGCGCAAACUAAAGUCCAUCAAGAUUAACGGUACUCAACAGCAGCUUCAAUCGCCAAUCGCAGCGGCCGCCGUCGUCUCGGUAGCAGCCGCCUCGAGCAGCAACUACAGCACAACAACAGAUUGCAGCGACAACUGCAACUGCAGCGGCAGCAACAACGGCAUCGAGCAGUUCAACAUUGCUGCCACCACAGCAACAGCGGCGACAGCGGCAACAAUGCCGGCUAUGGCCAAGGAGAAAGCCUCAGCACCAGUGUCCUUGAGCGAGUCCAACUUCAUUGAUCUCAACCUGAAGGACCUGGCCGUAGUCGUUGGAGCCAUGGCGACCACAGCGGCCACGCGGCUGCACCACCAGCAAACGCAGCACACGUGUGGCUGCGGAGCGGUGUCGGCGGUAUCAGCAACUGAGAACAACAACAACAGUCGCUACGGCAGCAGCAAGUAUCUGACAAAUGGCCACACUUCGCCUUUGGCGGCAGCGGUUGCCAGCAACAGUUCGUCGGUGGCCACCACGCCGCAGUGCAGCAAGUUGUGCUGUCUGCAGCGGUACCAGAAUGGCAUGUGCGAACUGAGGCAAAAGACGGAGAUACUGGGCAUGUUGCAGCAGCAGCAGCAACAGCAGGCGCAACAGCAGCAGCUAAAGCAUCAGCAACAACAGCAACAGCAGCAGCAACAACAGCAGCAACAGCAACAACAGAAUCCUGCGCCCAGAAGGUCGCCAAACGAUUUCAUUUUCGGUCGUUACAUCGGCGAGGGCAGCUUCAGCAUGGUUUAUCUGGCCGUGGACAUUCACUCGCGACGCGAGUAUGCAAUCAAAGUAUGCGAAAAGCGCCUGAUCCUGCGCGAACGCAAGCAGGACUACAUAAAGCGGGAGCGCGAGGUGAUGCACCAGAUGACCAACGUGCCCGGCUUCGUGAACCUGUCGUGCACCUUCCAGGACCAGCGCUCCCUCUACUUUGUGAUGACCUACGCCCGCAAGGGUGACCUCCUGCCGUACAUCAAUCGCGUCGGAAGCUUCGACGUGGCCUGCACCCGUCACUAUGCCGCCGAGCUGCUCCUGGCCUGCGAGCACAUGCAUCGCCGCAAUGUCGUCCAUCGCGACUUGAAGCCCGAGAACAUCCUGCUCGACGAGGACAUGCACACGCUGAUCGCCGACUUCGGUUCCGCCAAAGUGAUGACCGCCCACGAAAGGGAACUGGCCACGGAGCACUGCUCGGAGCAGCGACGCAGCCACUCGGACGACGACGACGACGAGGACAGCGAUCGGCAGGCGGAGAACGACGAGGACGAGUACGGCGAUCGCGACUCUGAGGAGCUGGAGGACGGCGAGGGCGACGAGGAGCAGCAGCAGCAGGACGAGAUGGACUCGCCGCGCCACCGGCAGAGGCGCUACAAUCGUCGCCGGAAGAACAGCUUCGUGGGCACCGCCCAGUAUGUCUCGCCGGAGGUCCUGCAGAACGGACAAAUUACCCCCGCCGCGGAUCUGUGGGCGCUCGGCUGCAUCGUCUACCAGAUGAUCUCGGGUUUGCCGCCGUUCCGCGGCAGCAACGACUACGUCAUCUUCAAGGAGAUCCUCGACUGCGCCGUCGACUUCCCGCAGGGCUUCGACGCGGAUGCCGAGGAUCUGGUGCGCAAGCUGCUGCGCGUGGAUCCCCGCGACCGCCUGGGCGCCCAGGACGAGUUUGGCUACUACGAGAGCAUCCGCGCGCAUCCCUUCUUCGCCGGCAUCGACUGGCAGACGCUGCGCCAGCAGACCCCGCCCCCCAUCUACCCUUAUUUGCCGGGCGUCAGCCAGGACGAGGACUUCCGCUCCAGCUACACAGUGCCUGGGGAUUUGGAGCCUGGUUUGGAUGAGCGACAGAUCUCGCGACUCCUAAGCGCGGAGUUGGGCGUGGGCAGCAGCGUAGCCAUGCCCGCCAAGCGAUCCACAGCAAAGAACUCCUUUGACCUGAGCGAUGCCGAGAAGCUGCAAAGGCUCGAGCAGCAGAAGACUGACAAGUGGCACGUGUUCGCCGACGGCGAGGUGAUCCUCAAGAAGGGGUUCGUGAACAAGCGCAAGGGGCUGUUUGCCCGCAAGCGGAUGCUCCUGCUGACCACCGGACCGCGGCUCAUCUACAUCGAUCCCGUGCAGAUGAUCAAGAAGGGCGAGAUCCCGUGGAGCGCAGACCUGCGGGCGGAGUACAAGAACUUUAAGAUCUUCUUUGUGCACACGCCAAAUCGCACCUACUACCUGGACGACCCCGAGGGCUAUGCCAUCCACUGGUCGGAGGCCAUUGAGAAUAUGCGCAAGCUGACCUACGGCGACGCCACCUCCGCCUCUGCAGCGUCCUGCUCGAGCGGCAGCAGCAAUAGCCUGGCCGUCGCCUCGAAUUCCUCCGCCGCCUCCUCGAGCAGUUCGCCCACCGCGCGACGCAGUUCGCCCGUGAACGCUCCUAUUCAAAGUACGACGACGAUACUGGGAAGCAGCAGAACAGGGACGUCGCCGAGCAAAAAGACGGCGUCCAAGUGAACGUCGUAAACCUAGUUGUAGCAAUGUGAAAUUAAAUUAUAAUUUAGUUGAAAUUUAGUGCAAACGAGAGGUAGCAAACUAGAACAUAUAUGGUAUACAGUAAGCAUAGCAGUAGGCGUAGGCGAUAAUGAGAAGGGAAACUAUUGAUCGUGUCUCUAGUGCUAAUUAGAACCCAAUUUCUGUUUUUCUGUUUUCGUUUUAUAUGCGUGCUUAGGGCGGAGAAUAAAACACUAAUCUACACAGUAAAGUAAAUUCAAUUUAAAACCUAAAUUAAAUAUUUAUAUACAACAUACAUGAAUACAAAUAUAUAUUCGUAUUUAGCGCGUAGUUAGUCACAAUUUAAAUGAAUUACCAAACUAGGAUCAGAUCGAGAUCGAGAUUGAAGAUCAGAUCAAAUCGAUCGAAAUUUCAUGAAGCAAACGAAAGAGAAGCCGUAUUUAAUUUGUGAAUUACUAGAAAAAUGUGUGAAAAAAUGUAAUAUAUAUAUGUUUGGAGAAGAGGGAUUACUGUUUCUGUGUUAUGGUGGCAAAAAGAUCACGUAUCUGUAAAUGUAAAUUUUGUAAAGAAAUGUAACUAUGUAAACAAAACUAUAUUAGCUAUAAAUGUGCACGGCAAAAAGAGCCUAAGAAGGAGAUGCGGCGGAGCUCGGGAAUAUGUAAUCGAUGUUUUCCCGCAGCUCCAAGCCGCUCAGCAGCUUUCUAGUUAAUUCUAAUCUAAAGUUCUACGCUAAUUAUCAUUAUUUAUCGUUUUCAUUAUGCUUUCCGUUUACCCAUUCGCCCUAUGAAGAAAUGUAUAAGACUUGAGCUACUCUAAUUGUAACCCUAAUGAAAGAACGAAUUUCGAAUUUGAUUUAAUUUUUAUUUAGUAAGAGGGCCGUACGCCAACCGUCGUUUCCAAUUGAUUGAGUGUGUAAAGCAAGUCUUGUACAAUGUAACGUGUAAUAGAUUUAAUGCAGACUGGGAAAUGUUUCUAAAACUCGCGCGUAUUAGUUAAAUUUUGUAAUCGUCUAAGUUGCGCCCACUACUACUAUUACUACUACUAAACGCCCAUCCCCUCCCACAUUUACCUGUAAGCCAUAGCGAAUAAGCGACGAGCAGAGGAGGUGUAGAGUAAGGAACCGAAGUUGAAAGAAAGCAAAAAAUACAUUUUGUACAUACAUAUCGCCCUUGGGCGUGGCAGCGGCUAGCGGCCGCGGCAGUCGAUAUAAUAAAUCUAAACCUAAUCUAAUUUGUUUGUAACUCCUAAGUAAAUUAUUUUUGCUAACCUUAAGUAAAUUAAAUUUAACGCAAUAUGCAAACCACACACACACACUUACAUAAGUAUACAAUUAAUUAAAUUAAACGAAAAUUACGAUUUAUUACAAGAUGUCAUAGUACCGGAGAGCCACUAAUAGUGAGAGAACCCUGUAAAAUAAAUAUUUAAACCAAUUAUAUAUAUUAUCUAUAUAUGAAUACCAGAACAAGAACGGCAAAAAGCAAGAAGCAAGUAAAAUAAAAAAUAUUAUAUUAUGCGUAAAGUACAUUGGUCA